AUGGAUAUGGACGGCCUCGUUGGGAAUCCUACAUCCGUGACCAUAGGAUCACUUGAUAUCCGUGGCUUUAUCUCGCCGCACCGGGUCGCGAACUUUCUCGGCAUUCCCUAUGCCGAGAUUCCUGCGCGUUUCCGUCAAGCAAAACCCCUGAAGCCGGAGACCCUCCAGGGAGUGCAUGACGGGACCAAGUAUGGACCGCGAUGCCCUCAGCCGUUGGACCACCCGAAAGUGCUCCGCGCGCAUCUAUAUGAGGGCGUUAUCCCGAGCGAGAGUAUCCCGUGCUCGGAGUUUCGGUGUCUGAAUCUCAACGUCUUUGCUCCCCCGGAAGCAGUGGGCUCGCAGCAAAGGCUGCCUGUUUAUGUUUGGAUCCAUGGGGGUGGGUGGAAAACAGGCGACGGAGGCCUUGAAUAUGAUGGAAACUUUCUCGUCGAGCAUGCGAUCAAUGCAGAAAAACCCAUGGUCUACGUUGGUAUCAACUACCGACUAGGCUACUGUGGGUGGCUCACCUCGCAAGAGUUGACAGACGAAGCGUUGAGGGCUGGAGAGAAGCCGUUCCGGAACAUGGGGUUGCUGGAUCAAAGGCUUGCCUUGCAGUGGGUACAGGAGAAUAUUGGUUACUUUGGCGGUGAUCCCGAUAACGUCACCAUUGCCGGAGAGUCAGCUGGCGGAUGGUCCGUUCUGGCUCAUCUCCGAUCAAACAUACCUGUCUGCAAGCGUGGAAUUAUCAUGUCAUGCCCUUCCCACCGCUUCCCCACUACACAGGAUAGCCAGGCGACUUUUGAUCGACUGGUGGCUAGCACUGGGGUUGUUGGACCAGAUGCCCCUGCCACGGAGAAGCUGGCUGCAUUGCGGGAUAUGGCGUUUGAGCAACUUGACGAGCUUACCGGCGGAAAACCUGUCCUGCCUGCCUGGGACCCGGAAUGGUUCGGUGGGGAUAUCGAUACCGACGAACCGACCGAGUGUGUGGGGGAAUUUCCUCGGUGGGUUGAAGCCAUCGUAACCGGCUUCACACGCGAUGAAUUCUCCGUGUUUGGCAUUGUGAAGAAUCUGCAUACCUGGAGCAAAGAGAAGGUCAAGGCCACAAUUUCCCAAGUUAUCCCAGACCCAGACUUUGCGCAGGAAAUCUGUGCAGCCUACGGGAUCGACCGCGGAACCGACAAGGAUGCGAUUGCGGGCAUGUUUGACUUUGCCUCCGACUCGGUAUUCAACAUAGCCGCGAUCAAGCUCGGCCAGGUUCGAACUAUCCCUGCGUCGACAUACCGGUUUGACCAGAUCGACCAUGGCGACUGUCCUUACCAGGGAUACGCUUACCACGGGCAAGACAACGCCUGGUCGCCCCGUUUGCCGGCGGUGGCGGGCCCGACUGCUCUUCCAGAGUAUAAGGCCACGGCCGACCACCAAUCGCAGAUGAUCCUCGAUCUUGUCCAUGGCCAACAGCCGUGGGAGACUUUUGCGACGGGCCGCCGGAUCAUGCGGUUUGAUGGAGAGAAGAGCGGCUUGUUCGAGUGGUCGGACGGUCUGGCUCGCAUCGACCAGAUGACAGCCACGAAGGAGAAGGAGGUCAUGUUCCAGAGGGGGGGAUGGGCACUGAUGAAUCUAGGCUGA